GGACAAAACACACGGGACAGUUUUCAUAAACUCAACUUUCCCCAUUUUUGUAGUUGACCUCAACAUGGCCCCUGUGGUCCUUGGCUCUUUUGCAGCGGCGGACUACGCGGUGUUCGCCUGCACGCUGGCUGUGUCCGCCGCCAUCGGGGUGUACUACGCGUGGGCGGACAGGGGCCUGAGGAGCUCGCAGGACUUCUUGACUGGCGGACGGAGGCUCACGGCUCUUCCCGUCUCCUUGUCGCUGACUGCCAGCUUCAUGUCGGCCGUCACCGUGCUCUCCAACCCGGCAGAGGUGUACCGCUAUGGAGGCAGUAUCGCCUUCUAUGGUCUGUCGUAUGUCAUGACUAUGAUGCUGACGUCUGAGGUGUUCCUCCCCGUCUUCUACCGGCUGGCCAUCACCAGCACCUAUGAAUAUUUGGAACUACGUUUUAACAGAGCCACUCGCCUGCUCGGGACUCUUCUCUUCAUUGUGCAGACCGUUCUCUACACAGGAAUAGUCAUCUACACCCCAGCUCUGGCUCUAAACCAAGUGACCGGUAUGGACCUUUGGAGUGCCGUCAUUUCCACGGGUGUGGUCUGCACCUUUUACUGCACACUGGGCGGGCUGAAGGCAGUGGUGUGGACAGAUGUGUUCCAGCUUGGAGUGAUGCUUGCAGGCUUCCUGUCCGUCAUCAUCAGGUCUGUCAUCAUCAAAGGUGGAGUCGGCUCCAUCCUUGAAGAUUCCCAACAGGGAGGGAGGCUCAACCUUUGGGACUUUGACCCAAACCCACUGAGGAGACACACUUUCUGGACGGUAACCUUUGGCGGGACAUUUGUCUGGGUCAGCAUCUACGGGAUAAAUCAGGCUCAGGUCCAGCGGUACAUCUCUUGCAAGAGCCUCACUCAGGCCCGACUGGCACUGUUCAUCAACCUGAUAGGCCUGUGGUGCGUCUUGCUGUCCUCAGUCCUGGCAGGGAUGUGUCUCUAUUCGCUGUACAGGACCUGUGACCCGUGGACCUCUGGCAUGGUGUCUGCUCCAGACCAGUUGAUGCCAUUUUUGGUGAUGGACAUCCUGGGAGACUAUCCUGGUCUUCCAGGACUGUUUGUUGCAGCAGCUUAUAGCGGAUCACUGAGCACAGUGUCUUCCAGCAUCAAUGCGCUGGCUGCAGUGACAGUGGAGGACCUGAUUAAACCGCACAUGCAGAUGUCAGACAGGCGGCUGGCUUGGACCUCCAAAGCCUUGAGCUUUUUAUUCGGCCUUGUAUGCAUGGGAAUGGCAGGACUGGCUUCGCUCAUGGGUGGAAUAUUGCAGGCCACCAUCAGCAUCUUUGGCAUCAUCGGCGGUCCUUUACUUGGACUCUUCUCUCUGGGCCUCCUCUGUCCUGUCGCCAACUCCAAGGGAGCUUUGUCGGGUCUGGCGGCCGGCCUGGUUUUGUCUCUGUGGGUGGGCAUCGGCGCCCAGAUAUACCCACCGUCUCCCGAGAUGAGCCGCCCCCUGCCGCUCACCACCCGGGGCUGCAAUGUCAGCACCUUGGACGGCUUCAACUGGACCUCCACUGGCCCGCCUGCUCACACCAGCCCUAUGGCCGCCUCACCUGGGCGGCUCAGCGGCGACAGAAGGAACCUGCUGGCAGAUAGCUGGUACUCCGUGUCCUACCUUUACUUCAGCCCCAUUGGAACCUUAACCACCAUCAUGGUGGGCCUUCUAGUCAGCCUUUGCACAGGAGGUUGGAAGCACAAAGUGGAAUCAAGGCUGAUCUUCAUGAAAAGCGACACCUGUCUCUUCUCCAUAUUGAAGCGUGUCGCAGGAAGCUGCAAUCUUCACCAAGACGACGAGAAGGACCUUGGCAACAUAAACCCUGCAUUCUGCGACCUUGAGCUGGACUUAGCACGACGCUAGGUGUCUGCAUCGUAAAUGUUCUGUGCUGUCAUCCAUCAUUUUAAAGUGGUAUUAACCAAGGUGACAUUGGCUUUAAUAACGUGUUUAUUCAAAGUACCAUAUUGUUUUUUAUUGUAAAGUUGCAAUUGCUGUAUUAAUCGACCAAUGUGUUACUAUAUUCAAACACAGUGUUACUGUUCAAACUGCGUAAUGUUACAGUGGCCAAAAAUAUGAAUUAUUCUUCUGUGACUCUUUGGCCACCACACGAUUCGACUCGAUUCAGAAUCAAUACUUUUUUAAUAACACUGGGUGCCAGUUCUAUGAUUAAUUAUAUUUCUCCAUAAAAUAGACAAACAACUGUGAUAAAUGUCUAUAUUACUUCAAAGAAAACUGGUUUUGUUGAAUACAAUUCUACCCAAACAUUUAAUAAAGUCAAAGCCACUUUUAUUCUUUGGCUUUUAACACUACGUGAGUUGUGUUGUCCUCUGUGUUUUAUAUACAUUUUGAUUUCUAUUUACUGUUUUAAUUGGUUUUACCCUUUCAAAUCGUUUUUAAUCAUAUUUAUUUUUACAUCGGUUUUAAAUUUUUUGUUUUUAUUCAGUCAUUGGUGGAGCUAAGGAUAAUAUUUGAAUAUUGUUUUUAAUAUUGUUGUGCAGCACUUUGGAAACAUUGUUGUUGUUUAAAUGUGCUAUAUAAAUAAAGUGGAUUGGCUUGGAUUGAAAUACAAAUAUGGCAACAAAAAAGUAUCCGACUUACUUUUCUAAAGUAAAUGUGUACAGCAGAUA